AGCAACUCGCCAGACCUGGACCCUUUGGGUCCCGCUGACGAGCCCCAUGCCUGGUUGGGGAGACCGACGGAGGGCCGUCCCCGGGAGGUGGACCCUGCCCUCCUCGACUUCCUCAAAGAGCACUGGGGCCCCGAAGGGCGCGCGGAGCGGUGCAGGGCGGCCCUGACGAGCUUCCCGCGACCGCGGCUCCCCUUCGCCACAGUGCCGGAGUUAAAUCCGGAAAUGAAGGCCCUGGCGAAGGAGAGGAGCCGCCGUCCAGAGGGUGGCUCGGAAGGGCCCGCCAACGUCGCUGCCCGGGACCAGGCACUCCGAGAAAGCCAAGACGGAGUGGCCGCUGCUAUGGGGCCACUGGUUGGCCUAUUAGAGAUUGGCCUCACGGAGGAGGCCAUUGAUAGAAAGACGGUGGCUGACCACGUGGGGGCAGCUACCGCCCAUCUCGGGCGGCUCUUCGCGUCGCUCUCCCGCGAGCGCCGGGAGGGGGUGAUUGCACGAGUGGCCCCAGACCUCCGCCAGAUGGUGGCCCAUGACGGCGGGGACGAGGGAUCCCCACUGCUGUUUGGAGAGGGCUUCCUGGGGCAGCUGCGAACGCGGAACGAGACCAUCAAGGUCCUCCGGGAAGCCCGCCAACCGCCCCCUCCCGCCGCGGAGCCAGCAGCCAAGAGGUCCCGCAGCUCGGCUGCCCCAGGGACCAGUGCCCAGAGCCGGAGUGUGGGCCGGCAGCCCUUUCACGGGGGGCCCCCUUCCCGAGGCUACACGAGGGGGGCCUACCUCCGCCAGGGACAUCGAGGCAACGGUCGAGGUGGUUCAACAUGGCACCAGAGGUAACGCAUAGCGAGAGCUCCAACCAGGUGCCAUCACCAGAACAGGAAAUAAAAGUGUUCUGAGUGCA